GGGAGAGACCGGGAGGAUGAGGAGGCGAAGGUGGGGGGGGAGACGAGAAGAGGGGGAAGGAGAAGGGACAGAGGAGAGAGCAGGGGGAUGGCUGCGUGAAAAGAAAAUAUAUAUAUUUAUACAAACAAACAAAAAACAUGACUCCUGUAAUCCGUCUGCCGUUUCUAUUUAUACCGGCAGAUCAUAACGCUCGCUCUGUUUACCUUCACAGUAUGCCGCACUAAAUGACGAGCCACUCCGACAAGGUAAUUAUCAUAUUUCACCUUUCCAUUUGCACGCCUUCGUCGUCGUAAGUCGAUUGUGUGGUCUUCACCUUUAGACCCGAAAUACUUGUUCAGGAAAUCUUAAUAACGAGCCUAUUUGUCGAGUAGACUUCACUCAAAAACAGCCGAUCGUCUGCGUGGCUACAGAGAGGGUCUAUUUUAGUCAAAUGCUUGAAGCGAUAAUGAUAGGUUAGCCCUGUCACUGCCUCAAAAGACAUCAUCACCAUCUCCUGAGGCUCCAUUGUGUCCGAUCUGGUCGUCCCCCAUAAAAAAUUAAAAUGGAAACAGGCUACAUGAGAGCGGUGCCGCAUCCCACACUGCUGUAGUCAGCCACGCCGAGCACAUGGGCUUUGCGCACAACCCUAACAUGCGCAUUGGUUGCAGUGCGUCGUGCCCAUCACUGCUUAUGACUGCAGUGUCCUUUCUGGUAACACCAUGUAACCAUUAACACGAAGUUACCAACAUGACUGCUGAGCGUUUUUGAUGAUCCUCAAUGACCUUCUAUGUGUGAGAAACUCAACCCAAAUCAAGUCUGAGCAUCAUGUUUCAACCUUUCGUUUUCUGCAGUGUAAGCUGGCUUGAAAGAGAUGUCAUCCCCGGGUAUGGGCACCCCAAGUGACCCCCUUCUGAUCAGCUCAGGAGAGGGGGCAUCAUCCACAUCUCAGGAAAUUAGCUGGAGGAACUCACUAACCAAAACUGCCAGCUUCCCAACAUCUUCAACUCGGCAUCUCAGUCACAGAGCCAACAACUUUCAGAGACAGCCAAAGCGCCAGAAGCUUAUAAGACCCUCACCACCUCCUCCACCUAAUACCCCCUGUCCCCUGGACCAGCUGGACCUCAGUGAGCUUCCCCCAAGACGCACCUUCAGAGAGCUGGUCUUCAAUGGCUGCGUCAUGUUUGGUAUUGAGUUCAGCUAUGCCAUGGAGACGGCUUAUGUUACCCCGGUGCUCCUGCAGAUGGGCUUGCCGGAUCAGUUUUACAGCUUGGUGUGGUUUAUCAGCCCUAUACUGGGUAAGUCAACAGCAGAGCAAUAUUUGAUCAGCAACAUAUAAUGUGUUUAACUUUUCUCAGGGCUUCUUACUUUGAUCUUUGCCUCCGGUUUGUAGGAUUCCUCGUUCAGCCUCUCAUUGGAGCGUGGAGUGAUCGGUGCACAUCCCGGUUUGGGCGAAGGAGACCCUUUAUUUUAGCCCUGGCUAUAGGUAAGAAACACAUAUAAGCAGUAUGUGUCUGGGAUUCCUUUAUAUUUUUGCCUUAUGUUAUACCCCUAAAGUUAAAACACUUCCCAUAAUGCAGCUGGAUCUGAGGCGAAAUCACUCAAUGAGAAGUGCUUUCAUUCUGAUUAGAAGCACGGCUGAGAUAUAAUCACAGUUUAAUGUCACAAUUUUCAGUGUGACAUUACCCCCACACAACAAUCCUGUCAGCUUUAUAUUAGCAAACAUCAUUAAGAUACAAAUGAUUGUAGAUUUUUAUGUAAUCAUUUGUUUUUCUUGGCCAAUAUGACUAUUAUAAACUGACUAGAACUGGGCCUUGAACUGACAUUUCCUGCACUCUAACUUUAUGUUUGUCUUCAUGUUGAUGUAGAUUAGCUACAGUAUUGCAUACAUCAGUCUGAAUCGCUCAUUUAACAAAGUUUUUGCUUUCGUGGCUUAGUUAUAAUCUUAAUAUAGUCCAGUGGUUCUGAAGUCCAGUCCUCGAGGCCCACUGUACUGCAUGUUUUGGAUGUUUCCCUGCUCCAACACACCUGAUUCAAAUGAUCAGCUCGUUAUUAAGCCAUUACAGAGCUUGAUAACGAGCUGAUCAUUUGAAUCAGGUGUGUUGGAGCAGGGAAACUUUCAAAACAUGCAGGACAGUGGGCCUCCAGGACUGGACUUGAGAACCACUGAUAUAGUCAUAGACAGUGUCAGAACCUGCCCAAUCAUAUUACUCGGUCAAAACUCACCGUUGUAUAACCAUUUAUUGUUUCACCUGGUGCUGUCAUCUCUUUAAGCCCAUAGCGUAAGCAGGAAACUUGUUUCUGUCUCCAACUCCUGACACACCUCGACAUCUCCUCUUCAUCAACGGGAAAAAUUUCACAACCACUUUGACUAGCUUCUAUUACUCACCAUGUCUAGUGAAUUCGAUGUAAAUUUGGCAUAUAUAGGCCUGAAUGAGGCACACUUCCCCAAAUUGGAAUAAACCUGUUCACCUCCAGAGCUAAUGUCAGAAAACUGCUGCUGCUUCUCUCCUCUAAAGGGGCAUUAAUUGGUCUUACCUUGGUGCUGAAUGGGCGAGACAUCGGCGUGGUGAUAUCGGACACACCAACGAAUCACAGAUGGGGGAUUUUGCUGACGGUGUGCGGCGUGGUUCUGAUGGACUUUAGCGCUGAUUCAUCGGACAACCCAAGCCACGCGUACAUGAUGGAUGUGUGCGGCCCAGAGGACCAAGACCGGGGGCUUAACAUCCAUGCGCUACUAGCAGGUAAAAGGAAAAAAGGAAGAUAUACAGGAGAGUGGGGUAAGAUGAGACAUUUUUCAUGUUUCGGAUCACUACAUCAAGGCAAUCAUAGUUUUGUCUCUAACUAGUGUAUCUGCAUAUAUUUCAAGAUGUUGUCCAAACCAACAGAAUGAGUGUAAACAGAACUGUCUUGAUAAUAUAGCAUGCCAAAAAAAUGGUCUCCUAUGGUCAACUUACCCCGUGUAUGGGGUAAGUUGACCAUAGGAGACCACUUCGUCUUUCCAGGAGGUCAUUUUGUUUGUUUCUUACUCUCCCUCUGCAGGGCUAGGAGGCGGAUUCGGCUACAUUGUGGGUGGCAUCAACUGGGACCAGACACGAUUUGGACAGUCAGUGGGAGGUCAACUGCGAGUCAUAUUCAUGUUCACAAGUGUCACUUUAGUAUUUGCCACAAUCUUGACGCUGAUAAGUAUCCCCGAACGGCCCCUACCAAAAAGCCAUUCAAAUAAGAACCCCAAUAAAACUCAUCUAAAAAGCCCCAACCUCCCUCUACCUCCAUCUCCUCCUGUUUCUGGAUCUGCUUUUGGACUGGAUGAGGAAGAUGAGGAAGGUCUUUACAGCUAUGAUUACACAAAGCCAUGUAAUUUUGACCCCAUGGCCCAUUCUUGUAGUGCCAAUGCGCGCCUUUGUGCUGGCCUAACAAGCCCGAUAUCACCCCUGAGCCCCCUCACCCCAAAGUACGGCAGCUUUAUCAGCAGGGACAGCUCAAUCAAUGGCAUCAAUGAGUUUGCCUCCUCUUUAGGAACUUCUUACAUAGACAGCGUGCUCAUAAACUGCUACACCGGUCAACAGACUCCACAGGGCAUGGCCGCCAAUCCAACUACCGCACCCCUGCCUCCUGGUGAGUCCCCUCCUCCUGAUGAGCACAGACAGGGGUCAGGGAAUCACGCCGCCCAGACAGAUGCGGCACCUCGUCCAGCAGGAGAAACCCAAGAGCCGGGAGAGCCACAGCCUGAGGGAGAUGCACAAUCUCAUGGAGCAUCUCAGGUCACUGUCGGGGUUCAACCCUACAGGGGAACACGACGCUCUUCCUCCGGUAUCCUGAAGCGACCACAGAGCCUUGCACUUGCAGACAACUCAACAAGCCAGAUUGAGUCAGAAAGCGGUCGCAGGAGAACAGUAACCUUCAGCCAACAGGUCAGGCCUUUAUUCUGAAAAUCUUAAAAACUGUGUCUCAGCAUUGUAAUCAAUGUCUGGUUUUUUUUUCCCAAUGAAGGUUGCAAACAUUCUGCUGAAUGGGGUGCGAUAUGAGAGUGGUCUGACUCAGAAUGUGGAGACCGGAGAAUGCCAAAUGUCAUUAAAGCUUCUGUGUAUAGCCAUCUACAGGAUGCCGCCCUCUCUGCGGAGUUUAUGCACUAAUCAUUUUUUGGGUGAGGAUACUUAGGAUGUAGAUUUCAAAACAAAAACCCUACACAACACCUUUAAAACAGCCAGUUUUUGUAUUUCACAGAAUCUGAGUUUGUACUUAUUAUCUUCCUUUAGGCUGGCUGUCCUUUGAAGGAAUGCUGCUCUUCUACACUGACUUCAUGGGGGAAGUUGUGUUCAAAGGAGACCCCAAGGCGCCCCAUGACUCUGAGGCGUACGAACGCUACAAUGCUGGUGUUAGCAUGGGCUGUUGGGGCAUGUGCAUCUAUGCAUUCAGUGCUGCUUUCUACUCAGGUAAAAACCUCAUUUCCUAACCAGAAAAUACUCUGGAUAUUCUUGUCCCUCCUCAGCAAGCUUCACAUCUAUCUACCUCUUUUUCUCUCUGGGUUUCUGCUGUGACCUUCAGCCAUACUGGAGAAACUCGAGGAGCGUUUCUCCCUUCGCACGCUGUAUUUUUUCGCCUAUCUGGCAUUUGGUUUGGGCACCGGUCUAACCACGCUUUCCACCAACCUCUACGUGGUUCUGUCUCUGUGCGUCACCUACGGGGUGCUCUUCUCCUCUCUAUGCACGCUGCCUUACUCUCUGCUGUGUGAAUACUACCAGAGCCCUCAGGUUAGUACGCAGAAACGAAACUCACUCAUUUGUAAAGUCAUUGGUUGUUUCCAAACAUUUUCCUGGAAUCAACCUAAAUAAAUAGCUAAACAUUAUGCAAAAUUACCUCACUUUAUGUUUUCUGUUCCUCAUUGUCGGAUAAGAGGAUUGAUUGGAAUGCCACGUCCGCAAACUAAAUUGGUAGCCACAGCCAGGCUAGCUUUGCACAGAGGCUGGAACACGGUAACAUAAUCCACAAAACUGGCACUCUUAAUCUCUCCAAUUAGCAAGUUAUAUUAAGUGAUUUCGCUUUGUACCAAAAGCGAAGUAAAAAAAAAACAAUUCUUUGUGGCUUAACGGGGCUCAUACGGCUGACCAUUUCAUGAGCUUUGGAGGUGCUAAGACCUUGAGUAACCUUGGAAUUAUAAGCAACCUGUUUCCAUGUUUGUAGCUCUUUUUUUAAUUCUGUUAAUUGGAUUUUGUAUAGAAACACUCAUGCAGUUAUUGCACUUGUUAGUUCUUAUUGUUAUAUGUAAGUUUGAAGUUUUCAUUUGAAGCAAGUCACUGUUGCCUCAUCUUAACAUCAGUCAUGAUUGAGGUUUCUAUCCGAUUAAUUCCGUCUCAUUAAGCAAAUAAGCCAAUUGUUGAAUAUGUUUAAAUAUUUCUUCAGGCACAAUCAGUGUUAGUGCUGCAACCAUAAAUGCCACAGGGGAUAAGAGGAAGUAUUUGAAGAUGACUCAUUAUCUGGCCAAAGAAGUGGGUACUCACUGCUACCUCUAUCAGGGUUAACAAGUUCCUUUCUAAACUAUAUAAAACUUUAAAUAUGAUUAUUAUUUUCAAAUUAGCAUCAUGGUGCAUUAAAUGUAUCUGCAUAGUAGCCGUUUUCCGCUGAUAUCAUGUUCAGAUUGUGAGGUUAAACUUCUGUGUUCAGGUUCUAAAUUAUAUUAGUAUGGAACGGGAGGAAAACAUGAUCAUUUCUCUUUUUGUUUGUUUGUUAUAUUGAAAUUUGAAAACUAAACUAAAGAGAACUGUGUGUAUUUCAAGUUAAAUACGCUUUUAAAUAACCCAUUAGCUAUGUCAAGACCAUAACUAAUGUUAGCACUCAGCCUCUUAUUGCACAGUGAGCUAGGAAGCAGCUGAAAUCCAAUAUUACAGCAAAGUAGUGUAACACAUUUAAAUAGGAUAGCCAUCAAUUGCAAGCUAACAUUACAGCUGAAUGAAGGGGAAGCUAGGAAACUCUUAAUUUUUCUAGAUUUUAUUGUCUUUUCAUAUUGUGUCUUUAACUUUUUACAUUGUUGGUCUUAGUAUUCCAAAUUUUCUGUAUUUUGAAUUGUGUUUUUUGUAAAGCGUCUUUUAGCACCUGUAAAAGAGCGUUUUAGAUAAAAUUUAUUGAUAUAUAUCAUAAUUUAUUAUACAUUCAUGAACUGGAACUUUCACUUUAAGACUUAAUUUAAGUUCCCUACCCUGUUUGUGAACUAAAAAGAUGACCGUCAUAUACACAGCUAUUCAUCCGAUUAGUUGAUGCACACUGUGGUGACGAAAUGACCAUGGACUGUAUAUACUAGUCUAUAUACAUUCUAUGGAAGUGACUCAAAAGAAAAGUCAUUUUCUCUCUCUCAUGUAGUCAGACUUCUGUUUCCUCGUAGUGUGGCUCCAUCUUCUGGUCGUUUGAGAGAUUGCAGGUUUAAUACAGGGCUUUGUCUUGUCCUUGUUUGCAGUGUCUGCACCCACAUGGAUCGACCAAAUCGCACAAUAACUUCCUUUUAUUUUUCAGUUUUGUGGCACAUCAGAGGAAGGGACUAAACGAGGGAUGGGGGUGGACAUCUCUCUGCUCAGCUGCCAGUACUUCCUGGCUCAGAUCCUGGUCUCUGUGGCGAUGGGACCUCUGACCUCACUGGUGGGUGGGGCCCAGGGAGUGAUGUACUUUUCAAGCCUGAUGUCAUUCGUUGGCUGCCUGUACUCCUCCCUCUGCGUGGUGUACCAGCUGCCCCCCCCUGAGGGUGAGCCCCCCGAAAGCGAGACCCAGCCACUUUUGAUGAACACGUAGUAAAGCCUGUAGAUGUAGUUUACCUCUCACACACACAUCUACACUCAUACUGGACGGCAUUCAUGCUCUCACGCUGUUGCUUGGUGUCUGAGUGUGUUGACCUUUACAGCACUGACAGGACAGACACACUGUACACCCCUGCUGCACACCACAAUCACACACAGUAUAGUGUUACACACUUUUCAGCACUGUUCUCAGAGCAUGACAGACAGACAGACAGACAGACAUUGGCCACUCCUCCGAUAUGUGUGUACCUGACCAGUGUGCUCAUAUGUGUGCGUGUGUGUGUGUGUGUAUACUUCCAUGCAUUUUUCCUAACUUUUACAAACAAAUGUGUGUGACUUUUUUGAAUGCGCAGCGUGACAGAUGGAUGUGUGAGAGACUGUGUGUGACCUCUUUGAGUACAGACUCACCUGAACUCUUUUUGUGUCCACUUCUUUUCUGUGAAGUCUUACAUCAUUUUCUCUUGCUUCUUGGUGUCUAGUUUAGAAAUGUCAAUCUCUGCGUGCAGGCUAACCACAGCUUUCCCCCCUCUUUUUCUUCCUCUUAUCAGUUGCCUAAUGUCUGCAUGAGCUGCAAGUAAUUUCUCAAAAGCCUUGUGUUGAUGUUUUGUUUUGGUCACAUGGUCAAGGGAAUGUCUACCUGCCUGUUUCUCUGAGUUAGCAUGGUAGUGUCUCACCUUAGGUGGGAUUUUUCUGACUGAAUGAAUGAGCUGCCAGUGACUAUUUACUUACUCACUCCUUCAUUUAGUCAAAAGCUGACAUAUAGUAUUUAAGCAGACAUGCUCUUCAUAUUCAUGUUAAGCUGCACAUAGCUUAAUCACAGCUACGGUCUUAAAAGGGCUUCACAUAUUUCACAUUUUAUGAGCUAACAAGAUCAUCACUUGUCACAGUCCGUUCAUUACGAGACUUAGCAGUUCACAAUCCUGGAAUUACAGUUUGGUGCUUUGUAAAUCUUAAUAAAAUCCCAUGUUCAAUUCCAGCUUAGUAUAGAUCCAAGUCUAUUGUAAACACACACACGAACACAAAAACACACAAACACGCUUUUAUCCACCAACACUACCUUUCAAAAUCCAAUAGAAACAAACAAGUUAUACUGGUGGCUAGUGGUGUCUGGGCCCUCACUAAGCCAUGGACAGCUGCAAGCUGUCAUCCUUCUCCUGGCCAUGCGAUUGUAAUAAUGACAGUGAUUCUUGUCAUUAUCAGGAAGAGGAGAAGUUGAAACUGGGGUGUGAAUCUGCAUUCAGUUGGAAACCGAACAAAACAGAAGAACAGCAAACAGGGAGAAGACUCAUGUGAACUAUGGGUAACCCUGAAGGCGGACAACACUGAAAGAAAAGACUGGGUUCACAGAGCCAGCAGCAAGUGCAUUUUCAUCUCUAGGGCGCAUGCUUUAAGACGUAGGCUUUGGCUCAACCAUGCUCCCAGACCAUCAAGCCAGUACAGUGAUGACCUGUGUUAGCCAUAUUCCUUACAGGAUGCUCAAACUCAAUUAACUCUCCAUCUAGAAGAAGCCAUUUGAUUAGCAAAAUGGUUCAUAUUUUUGACAUCUGUUGGAUCAUUGCAAACAGUAUGCUUUAUAUUUGUCCUGAGCACAGGUGCUCAGCCUGACAGCAGGACCUUCUCACAAGGUUAACUUCAGUACAUACCAUUAUUGACUGGCUCAUGUAAUGAAAACCACAUCAUGGUGCUGGUUAGAACUGCGGCCUCAGCAGGACGUCAGUAACCGCCUACUAUUAAAGCCUCCUGGACUGGCUGAAUGCACGCCAUGCAAAUGUUUCUGAGGAAACAGGUACUGUGUGGAUCAUGCUAUUGCAGCUUGCUUGAAAUAAAAAUAAAACUAUGUUUUGUGUUGAUACCACCUAUUGCUCAAUCUUAGCAGUGUUAAUGUAACAGCCUUUAUUCAGGGUUCAGUUCAAACUAAAAUGACCUUUUGCCAUU